UUUAGAUGCUCUUAUUUGUGACAUCAAGACUGAUAUUGAGGUGGCCAAGCACUCAUUAAAGCGUAAGGCCUAUGACGAUCUUCGUUCUGAUGAGCUUUUCACAAAGAAGCAAUAGAUAGACUAUAUAGAGUAUAUUUUUUAGUAAUUUUUGUAUAUCCGUUCAACAUGUUCAUUAAAAUAGAAAGAAAUGUUUUUUUUCACUGUAAUUUCGGGAAAACAUGUACCGAUAACCGUUUCCCAUAUCACAAGAGCAAAAAAAAAAAAAAAAAAAAAAAAGCACGCCGGCUAUUUUAACUGUUUGAAACUCACCGAGAUCUAUAUAAAGCAACAGAAAGUUUUUCUUUUUUUUUUGCUCUUUCUUGCUCUUUGCAUAAAAUACGCUAAAAAAAAUGUGGCAAUCGGUAAAGAAAUCAGUCGGCUUAUCAUCUCCCGAAGAAUAUAUACAGCCACGUUUAUCAAUUGGCAAUGCGGUUUCGGAUCAAGAGUUCUCAACAGGACACUUUAAAGUACAAGUGGAUGCUCAAGCAUUAGCUUUGACCGUUAAAAAUGGACACGGACGUACUAUUUGGAAAUCUCUACAAAACAUGCCCUUCUUAUCCUCUUCAGUCGGCAAAGAUAUCGUAAUGAAUGGUGAUAAUGGUGUGUUUAGAGUGACCGAAACAGACGAGAAAUUCACUCGAAUUCAAACAAUUACUAAAAUCGAGCGAGAAAAUGAUUCUACAGUCAAGAUUUACGGUGGCCUUGGUCCAAAGUUGGUGUUACCUACUCACAUGGAUUACAUUUUCACUUUUACAGAAGUUUCACACCGUCAAUUACAAUUCUCGGUAGAAAUUGUCGGAAGAGAUCCAUCAAUGGAUGCUUACACUCGUUUGUUCUUGACCUACGAAAGCAGACCUGAAGAACACUUUUAUGGUUUUGGCGAACAAUUCUCAUACGCAUCGCUCAAGGGACAAAAGGUUCCGAUUCUUGUCAGAGAGCAAGGUGCUGGAAGAGGCGCACCUGCAGUAACCUCACUUAAGGAUUCGGCCCUCAGUGUGUUUGGUACAUUAGGCCCAACAGAUCUUUUUGCUACAUAUGCCUCGAUUCCUCAGUAUAUUUCAAGUGAUAUUCGUUGCUUGUUUAUGGAGAACUCCGAAUACAUGAGUUUUGAUCUUACCGCACCAGACCGUGUGACAAUUCGCCUGGAAUCAGACGUAAUGAGAGGUCGUAUCUUGGAUGGAAAGACAAUGCUAGACCUGUUGACAGAAUAUACGUCCUAUGCAGGUCGAAUGCUUCCUUUACCGGAUUGGGUUUCAGAUGGUGUAAUUGCAGGUAUUCAAGGAGGAAGAGACAAGACAAGACAAACAGUGCAAAAACUACGUCAGUACAAUGUACCACUCUCUGCGGUAUUUAUUCAAGAUUGGACCGGUCAAAGAUUACAGGAUGGUGGUCGCGGUGUACAGUAUACCCGUCAAUGGUGGAACUGGGAGAGCGACGAUGAACUUUAUCCCGAUUGGGACAAUUUUGUACAAGAGUUAUCUAAUGAUAAAGCUGGCACUGUUCGUGUUUUAUCAUAUGUGAACCCUCUUUUAGCCAACGCUAAUUCAAAGUCGCGUAUUAAAAGAAAUCUGUUUCCCGAGGCUCAGGAUAAGGGCUAUUUAGUCAAAAGUACCCAAUCAAGUUCUUCUGAUCAUAAUGCCCUUUCAAUUAAGUUUGGUCAAGAUUUAGAAGCCGGUCUCUUGGAUCUGACAAACCCUGAAGCAUGUACCUGGUUUAAAGAAAUCUUGAAAGACCAAGUAUGGAAAUCCGGGGUAUCGGGCAUGAUGGUCGAUUUUGGUGAACAUUUACCCUCCGAUUCCAAUAAAGUCGCGUUACACUCGGGCGAAGCAGCUGCUACCUAUCACAAUCAUUACCCAGAGGAAUGGGCUAAGUUACACCGUGAAGUGAUUACUGAGCUUGGUAAAGAAAACGAGGCUCUUUGUUUCUUCAGAUCUGGUUAUACUCAUUCACCAGGACGUAUGAACUUAUUUUGGGCUGGUGAUCAAAAUGUCACUUGGGAUCAGCAUCAUGGUAUCAAGAGUGCUGUAAUUGGUAUGCUCUCAGGCGGUUUUUCUGGGUUUUCAGUCACGCAUUGUGAUGCUGGUGGAUAUAAUUCAGUGACAAGCAGCCUUCCUGGUUUUAAAAUGGUUCGAACAAAGGAGUUGCUUUUCAGAUGGAUGGAACUUGCUGCACUGACUGCCGCUUAUAGAACAACCGAAGGUCUUAUCCCUUCUGCAAAUGCACAAUUUUACGAUAAUGAAGAUUCAUACGAACAUUUUGCACAUACUGCCAAACUGUUUACACUCAUCAAAGAUUACCGUAAAACAGUGCUGAAGGAAGCCUACGAAAAGGGCUGGCCUCUUUUACGUCACCCAGUACUCUAUUAUCCCAACGACAAGAUUGCUCGUGAAUUGACAUAUCAGCAGUUCAUGAUCGGCAGUUCAAUGAUGGUUGCACCUGUACUUACACCUUCUGCCAGUUAUGUCAAAGUUUAUUUCCCUGCAGAUGCUCAAAAUGUAACCUGGCGUCAUAUCUGGACUGGUAAAUAUUAUCCUGGUGAUGGUACUUAUAAACCUAUCGACGCACCUGUCGGUCAGCCUGCUAUAUUCAUCAAAGAACCCAGAGGUGACGAUGGCCUUCUCAAUAACCUAUUAGACUACGCUACGACGUAUUAUCAACGCAAGACUCGUCCC